AUGUCAGCUGCCAUUCAUCCCGGCCCAGAAGGGUCUUCAGACGUUUCGAGCAAUGAUGCAGAUGGUGAACUUAAUGGAAUUGCAGCACCUCCUACACCCGAAAGCGAGAGGACUAAAAGUGAAUUGGAGGCGCAUUGCGACCAGUGUCAAUCCGCUCCAGUGGACAACGAUUUGAAGCAUAUACUUAAGACCUUGGCAGAUGGUCAAAAGGAACUACUUGCCAGAAAGAAGAGUGACGACGAUUCAACCAAGGAUCUUGCAGCUCCAAAACCGAAAGACCCAAAGGAUGAAACGGAUCUUCAAGAAAUUGCUAUCAAGCGAGUUUCACCAGGAGAUUGGCGAAAGAUCAAAAAGGAGGGUAAAAUCGAUCUUCAGCAGAGCGUCCUUCUUGUUUCCUCGAAAGCCAAUGCGAGAACUCGGCUACGGAGACAGGGUUAUAAACUAUCAAGGAUGGCGGAGAAGAAGCCGUCUGAGAACACUUCUGAUCCAAGUAGUGAUGACCCGAAACAAUUAGAUAUUCCAUUUCGCCUUGCCAUCAACUCAACCUACCUCUUAGAGGUAUUGAGUCAGUUCGUUGGUGAGAGCUUCACUGCCGCGCAAAACGUAUUUGUCCGCCCGUUCAAGUACCUCGUCAUGUACGAAUCCGACAUUAGACAAUUCGUCAAGGAUGCCGAAAUGGCCUACGACCAGGCCGCUUCUAGGCUUGGAGAAACAACACAGGAGAACCCUGUUCCUGAUGUCAAUAUAACUAGCAAAGGAGCUGAAAAAAAGGACACUAAACCAGAACAGCAAAGCCCGGUUCCUGUCACCCAAGUCGAGGAGACAAACAACGCUAGAACAGCAGCAACGCGGGCGAGACGAGAAAGGGAUGAGCUUCGUUGCCUGGUGGAGUUCAUGGAUACAGAUUUGCACGAUAUAUUUGAGGUUAAACGACGAAUAUCCAACGGGGACAUCACAGAGAUUGCCUUUGAGCACCUAUGGCUAUUGUUUAAACCGGGAGAUGUCGUUCUCGGUUCAAGUUCGGAUGACAAUCAAAGCAUUCGUCAGGCUUAUCGUGUUUUGAACAUCAGCGGCGGAAGGGCAUACUUCGAUAGCGGCUACAAAGCUUCCUUCGUUGGUAUAAUUGACCAUAUCGGGGAUUCAGAUUCGGAAAACGAAGAGAAGUGCCGUGACGCUAUCAAAUGUUCCGGCAUGGACACGACAUGUUUUAUCGUUGACGCUUUCUAUAUCGACUUCGAUGGGACCAAAUUUGGGCCCCGAUCGAAAAGAUUUGCCAUUCCACCUUUCAAAGGUACGAAGCCUAUCAGAUCUCUGAUACCUUUUCCGCUGCUUCCUGGGCCAGAAAGCGAACAAAUAGAGCGGUCGCUCAUCCAAAGAGGGCGGCGUUUUGCGGAACUUGUCCCUGGGACCCAUAAAAAAUACUCAGGAGCCACAGUCCAGGAGGGCAACCAAACCACCAAAGGGUACAACAAUUGGAUGAUAAAAGAAACCGAGUUGCAUAGCGAAAUAGUGGUAGACCAAGCAGCGGGGGUUGAGCACUUUAAACAAAAGGUGUACCGAUUUGGGAGAAGCUUGAAAUUUGGGUCUGGCGCCAUUGCUAGAGCAACUCCACAGGACAAGAGGGAGACGUUCGAUCCGCUGCCUGAUCAAGAGGACGGUGAUUGGGUUACAGACGUCUUUGACGACUCCAAAUUCGAAGAAGAUCGUCAAAAUGAAUUCCGCCGAACCACCGACCUUCUAGGCUUCCGAACUUUACAGCAGAAACCCAUUCCGAAUGACAAUCUGAUGCUUUUUCCUUAUCGAGCUUACGGAUACGGUCUCCUUGAUCAUAAGUGGCUUCCUCUUGAUAUCAAUAAGGUCGAAGAUUUACCAGCAACGGGGGAAGAGGUCCAACGGGCGAGGUUUGAGGAUCUAGUUCUACCAGAGGGCCACCGAAUGCUACUUCAAGCGUUAAUUAAAAACCAGGUCGAACAGCCCAAGAAAGAAACGGUCAAUCCCGAUGGGACAAACGGGCCGCUUUCCAUGGACGCUGUUCCGGGUAAAGGCAAAGGGCUUAUCAUCCUUUUGCAUGGCGCCCCUGGAGUUGGCAAAACAUCUACGGCUGAGUGUGUAGCCGCCCAGUUAAAACGGCCAUUGUUACCGAUCACCUGCGGAGAUAUUGGCACUACUGCCCAAACUGCAGAGGCGACCCUCGAAUCAUUUUGUGUUUUGGCCCACAGGUGGAGGUGUGUAUUGUUGCUCGACGAGGCGGAUGUUUUCCUCGCGAAAAGAGAAAAAGGGGAUAUAAUACGCAACAGUCUUGUUUCCGUCUUCCUCCGGGUUCUAGAGUAUUACUCUGGGGUCAUCAUUCUGACAACAAAUCGCGUUGGCGAAUUCGACGAAGCCUUCAGGUCCCGCAUUCACAUGAGUCUCUACUACCCAAAACUUGACGAACUUUCAACAAAAGAAAUUUGGGAGAAAAAUCUUGGGCACAUCAUGAAGAACGGCCGCGAUAUCGAUGUCGAGGAUGAAAAAAUUAGGCGUUUCGCUAAUAAGCACUGGCAGGAGAAUAAGUAUAAACCCUCCCGCCGCUGGAACGGUCGACAAAUCAAAAAUGCUUUUCAGACCGCGUUAGCUCUUGCAAAUUGGGACUUCCGUGAAGGGAAAAAGAGCGCCAAGCUUAAACGGCCAUUAGUCAAGGCGUCGCAUUUCAUGCGCAUAGCACAGACCAGCGCCCAUUUUGACGACUAUAUUAGUAACAUCCAUGGGAUCCAGGAGGAAGACACGUACGGGAUCCUGGCCGAGCGAGAGGAAGUUCGCAAGGACAAUUACGAAUCACCUUCCGGAAAGCAGUCAAUGCAAGGUGGCCGUUCCAAGAGGAACCCACCACCGCCUCGUCGUGGUAUCAAUAGACGCAACUCUGGAUUACCGCAGGGUCGAGGCUACGACUAUGAGGAAGACGACGAAUCCUCAGAAGACGAUAUUGAGCGCUUAAAGUUGAAGCUAGAGCUCGCAAAGUUGAAAAGCAAAAGCACGAAGAGCGACAAGGUGGAGUCUGGCGAGUCUAGUGAUGAAGAUGAGGACGAAGCUUGGUAA